GACAAAUGACUUUACCGUUCCGUAGAAGUUUCCGGUUGUUCAAAUUCGCAUCUGAAGUACUGUUCACCGUUUCCCCCCCUUAUUUAAACGCGAAGUGAGUGGAAUAAUGUCCGUUCAAGCGACAAACCCCAACAAUCCUAUUGUUUUCUUCGACAUUACAAUAGGAGGACAGGAUGUGGGGCGGAUGAAAAUUGAACUUUUUGCUGAUGUCGUCCCAAGGACGGCUGAGAAUUUCCGGCAGUUCUGCACUGGAGAAUUCCGGAAGGAUGGUGUACCUAUUGGUUUCAAGAGCUGUGCGUUCCACAGAGUGAUCAAAGAUUUUAUGAUCCAAGGAGGGGACUUUGUGAAUGGUGACGGCACUGGCAUCUGCAGUAUCUACAGAGGUCCAUUUGCAGAUGAAAACUUUCGAGUGAAGCAUUCCAUGCCUGGUCUUCUGUCCAUGGCAAACAGUGGUCCAGGAACAAAUGGUUGCCAGUUUUUCAUAACCUGCACUAAAUGUGACUGGUUAGACGGAAAACAUGUUGUUUUUGGUAAAGUUGUGGAUGGAUUGCUGAUCAUGAGAAAGAUUGAGAAUGUUCCCACAGGACCAAACAACAAGCCCAAGCUGCCAAUCCUCAUUGCACAAUGUGGAGAGAUGUGAGGGAAAAUGGCUCUCCGCACCUUACAAGUUACACUUAUGCCCCAUUUGUUGACCCUGCAUAAUGUCAUUAGUGUCUAAUUCCAUUGUACAUGUAAAAACCCAAAAAAGAUUCAUCCCAACUUUGUAUCGUGAACUUGAAAUAAAUUGUUUUUACUGAAAAUAAAACAUUUUGACAUUUGCGUGUCUUUGUGAAUAAAAUUACCAAUUUACAGUACUGUACUUACAGUACGUGAAUGAUGUCACCAUUCACUGUCAUAGGAGGUUGAAAAUCUGAUUGUUCUUGCGACUUGUCCCAUCACUACAGCUAGUGUUUAUAACAUAUUCAUCGAUAAAUUGAGUACAUUAAAAUCAAAUGUAUUGGACAGCUGUUUCAAAUCGCCCUUUCUUCCUAUUUGUAGAUGACGUAUGAUUGACGACACUGACGUCAUUGGCAAUAUACUGCCCCCUUUGGUGUCUUUAAUAGCUACAGUAGCCUGUUUGUUUUUCUCACUGAACACAUUUUUAUUCCCGUUGUGAUAAGAGUAAUAAUGGUUUCAGUGAUUUUAAUGGAUAGUUGUAAAAUAUAUUUGGAAUAUUGCACUUCUAUAUUUUGUUUUCGAUAUUCAAAGUCAGGUACAUUUAUUAUACUUCAAGGUUUCAUUCCUUUGGGGUGGCAAGCCUGGGGUAUAAUGCAAUGUUUAUGCUGCGAGAACAUUGUGUUCCCAGUGUUUUAUUAACCCCGUUGCCAACCAACCCCACCCUCACCCUUCUCCACCAACCCAAAUAGAGAA